AUGAGUUGUAAUUCUAAUAACAUAAAAGGUGGUAAGAGUCUGCAGAACAAAGAAAAACGCUUCAAAGAAAUCAGUACAGAAACUCCAGGACCGGGAAGCUAUAACCAACCUCCUGCUGUGGAGUUAGAGAUUAAUAAUAGCAAGCAGAGAGAGCCUAAAGAACAUAGUCAACAGAGGACUGCUGGCAGUAUAAAAGUUUACCGAAAAGUGGAUGGUCCCUCUAUCCCUUCUCCAGGCCAAUCAUUUGGGUAUGAAGAAGCUGAGGAUGGCACUCUUAUUAAACAAUACCCACCUCAAAGAGACGUGACAUUGGGCCCAGCAUACUAUCGACCAGUGAUUGGUGCUAUCAGCAGCAUACUAAUCACUGAUAUUGCUUCAGACUGGAGAAGGCAGCAGGCCCAGCUGAGGGCAAUUAUACACUUUCUGUAUGGGGAGUGUGAGAACCUGGGUGACCAUCACUGGGCUAACAAGAAUGGUACUUAUUCUGCCAUGAAGUAUAAAGGAGUACAUUUUGGUAAUUUAACAGGAAAACGUAGUGAAUUUAAGGCUCAAGCAGGGCCUGGACCUGGGGAGUAUAAUAUAACCCAGGAAAGUGCACUGCAUUAUGAGAAUAUCAACAUCAAAAAGGAAGACAAGAAAAAAUAUGAACCCUAUGUCCCACGGUAUCAUGAAGUAAUAGUAUUACAGGAAGAAAAGAAGGGUGUUCCAGGACCUGGACAAUAUGAAAUAAAAAGUCAGUUUCAGAAGGUGGAGAAUAUAACACAGAAUGGAAAUGAAGUUCCACGUGCUCCUUUUCUUUCACAGUCCAAAAGAUUUGUACAUGUGAAAUCAAUCACCCCAGCUCCUGGUACAUAUAAUGAACCAUGCUCAGCUCUUGAAUCCUUGAAGAAAACAUCAGGAAUGAAAACAAUCCCAUUUGGUCAAACUACAGUUCGGUUCACUCAGGACUCCAGGCUUGAAAAAACACCAGGUCCAGCUUUCUAUAAUAUUCUCAACUGUAGUAUUGAAAGAGGGAAUUUUAAAAAAGCUUACUUGGAGAGUACAAAGAAAGGAGCAUUUGGAUCUUCAGCUCCUCGACCUCUAUGUGUUUUUACGAGGGGAGCUUUCUGUACUCCUGGACCAGCUGAUUAUCAGGGCAAAAGGAGCACUGAAGAAUUACAUAAACAACAUAAGCAAUUAUCUGUUUUCUUGUCAUCAACAGAAAGAACUCCAGUAGUUACCAUGGAAGUUCCACCACCAGGCUCCUACGAGGUUCAAAAAUCAUUUGAGAAAUCACACAGUAAAAGCCAAUACAUGCCUCCCCGAACCACACUGGCUAAAAGAAAGCAUACCUCUUUUCUCAGUGCAACACCUAGAAAAAAUGUACCCAAUACUGACAAGGAUGUACCAGGACCUGGGACGUACAAUCCUGUCGUGAAGUCAGCUUCCAUUAUUUCCCUAUUUGUUUCCAGAGUGGAGCGUUUUAAGGAAGUGAAAGAGAUUACUCCUGGCCCUGGAGCUUAUGAGCUAAGCCCAUUCUUUAAGGACACUGUCCUGAAGAGAACAUUUAAUGCUACCUUACAGAAUCCUGUUGCAACUCAGAUGGACAACACUGUUUGCAAAUAUGAGGCAGUGCACCCAGGCGCACUUUGCACAAUCCAGCAAUAGUGUCUAUUAAUGAGUGAAUCAAGCUGAAAGUUCUCUUCCAAAGGAGUGCCUACAUUUUAAUGAUGUCCUCCAUCAGCUGCUCAAAGGAACAUGAUUGCUCUUAUAACCUCCAGAGAUACUAAAGCUAUUCUUGCAAGAGAUCUUAUUUAAUUUCCCCCUCCUCUGUACUUUUUCCUUAUUACCAGACAUCUGUUCCAGUUUUUUAACUCAUGAAGAGCUGUCCUCUUUUUAAAGUAAAACCGCAAAUAAAAAUC